AUGGCAAGAUACAGAUGUUCUUCUGCUAUCAAUGAUGCUCUUUCACCACUUGCUGAGUUCACUGAUGUCAUGUCCGGUGAACAAUACGUAACCAUUUCUGCUGUUUUGCCAAUUGUAAAUCUCCUCAAAACAUCUGACCUAAAGGAAAGCUCAAGUGAUAAGGCAUUAACAAAUGAACUUCGUUUGAAUAUAAUAACUGACCUUUCCAAUAGAAACCAAGAGGAUGAUGUUCUUCACCUAUUAGAAGUAGCCUGUUUCCUUGAUCCUAGAUUUAAGGAUAAAUUUAUUAGCAGUAUUGAGCAUAUAACAGAAAUAAUGGUUUGUAACGUUGUUUCUCUUUCUUCCUUUUCUGUGUCUCCAACCUUAGCCACUUCAUCUUGUGCCAUUCACCAUCCCAGUAGUUCUGGAGACCUUCCACCUCCAAAAAAACAAAAUAGAUCACUAGGAAGUUUACUAAAAUCAAAUGAGACUGAAUGUGCCUUAUCUAGCACCAGCUGUACACCAGAACAAAAUUUCAGAAGUGAAAUUGAGACGUACAUUACUCUGGAUAAGCUUGAUGAAGAACAAGAUCCUCUCGUUUUGUGGAGAAUGCAUGAGAUGGCAUUUCCUCUUCUGGGUAAUAUAGCCAAGAAGUAUUUAUGUGCUCCUGCAACCAGUACUUUUUCAGAGAGGGUUUUUAGCAAGGGAGGAUGUCUUGUAACACCCUUCAAAGCUUCACUUUAG